AUUGGAAGAACAUCAGUAACAAAAAAAAAAUACGUGACCACCCAAAUAAUAAUAAAAGAAUAUGAGAGAGUAACCUUUUUUUUUUUUUUAUUUAUUUCUUUUUCUUUUUUCUUUUUUGUAUAAAAAUUCACACACACACACACACACAUUGUUAUCAUGGGUUGUUGCUUAUCAAUACAGCAUGAAGAGGAAGAAGACCGACAGAACCCAGAGAUACUUGUAAAUAAACCCAAAGUGACUGUAACUCGAGCUUCUUCUUCUGUUCAAUCCAAUGCUCUGGAGAAAGGAUCGAGUGUGAAUUCAUCGAGUAUCCCACCGUUGACAACCCGCCUCGAUACGGGAGAUAAAGAGGAGGCGGAAUGGCCUGUUUUUGUUCGACUCUCGAAUAAUGGACAAGAUAUUGCGAUGCAUGUACCUACACAAGCUCCUUAUUGGAAUGUGUCGACAUUGGGAAAAGAAGUGUUACCUCACUUGGAAAAGAAGAGUCGUGUCAAAUUUAUUUAUUUGGGUCGAGUCUUGCCUGAUACACACCUUAUCGUUCCUAUAUGCAUGGACUCGGAUAGUACCAUCUCAAAAAAUAAUGCAAUAUAUAUACAAAAGGAAGGCGUCAUUCAAGCCAUGGUCACACAUCUAUCGAGAUAGUAAAAAAAAAAAAACUAAUUUCAUGUCUCUUACUUGUAAUUUUUUUUUUUUUUUUUUUUUUU